AUGAUUCUUAGCCUCCCGCUGCACUGCUUCAUCCUGUGGCUCAGCGUCAAGGAGAUGAUCAGAGGACAGUCCACGGAAAUCUUCGUCUUCAACGCCUCGCUCGUCGAGGUCAUCUUCUGUUCAGACUUUGUUUUCGUCUUACGGAUGUAUCUCUUUAAAUGUGCUGACUGUAAGAGUCCGGUGAUCUUACUCGGGGUGGUGCUGUUCGUUGGUCGUCCUCUCUUCCUCACCUGCAUCUGUGUGGAACGUUACUUAGGGGUCCUGCAUCCUCUCAUCUUCCUCAAACUCAAACCCAUGAAAUACAGGAUUGCGUGUUCGGCUGUGGGCUGGAUCGUGAUCAUUUGCUCGUGUUUAAUAUCGAACUGUUACGUCCUGUGGCUCAGCGUGAAUGAGAUGAUCCGAGGACAGUCCACCGAAAUCUUCGUCUUCAACGCAGCUCUCGUUGAGGUCCUCUUCUGCACUUCCUACAUGUUCCUUAUACAAGACUUUAUCUUUCAGUGCGCAGACCGUGGAUUUCUGUUGUUUUUCGGCGUUAAAUUGUACACCUGCAUGAUGGUACUCAAGGCUCUCAUGCGACCCGGACCGGGUGACAAUGUCAAAGACAGAGUAAACAAGGAUAAAAUCAAAGCUUUCCGGAUCAUUCUCAUGACCACAUCAGAAUUUCCGCUGGAGUUAUUUUUGGACACUGAUGGACGGUGGGACUCGGGUGGGAUUGCUGGAGUGCCGGUGUCUGUAUGGCGACGCUUUGGCAUUGCGGCACAGAUCCGUUCAGCAGGUGCUGUCAUCCGGGUGGUUAUUGAUUGUGAAUGCAGACAGUCAUUAAAUUUGCUUUCACGUUCUCACUCUCUGUCUCUCCCACCCGAGAUAAAGACACGCACACGCAGAGUCAAUUUAGAGACUUUGAGGAGCGGAUCAGACUCAUUGGACGUUUCCAUUCAGAGCUGUCUGCGUGUCCUGUACUCACCGUUUGAGGUCACGGCCCCCACUGUCCUCGACCAGCUCUUCCAGGUCAUUGAUGGUCGUUACCACGGCGACGCCCUCCAGUGUCUCACUGACUUCCUGAUCCCUGCCAGACAUCUGCUGGAGGCCGUACAGCAGGCGGCCUGUGCUCCAUAUUCUAAGAGGGUUUUCCGCUGUGUCGGCUGGCCAUUGUGUUUACACGAGCAUGUCGUGAUCCAUCUUGCUCCCAUCAACCAUUUGUUGCUCAGACCGGGAGAUUUCUACCUGCAGGUUGUGGCUUUUGGGAACCAGGCGGCUCGUAUCGUGAUCCAAAGCCUCCUGGAUGAGCAGGACUAUGAACUAGAGGAGACCCCCAUACACGAGACCUCGUACAGAAGCAUCUUUACAGAGAACUGGCUUAAAGAGCUCAACGCCAGGAGACAUGGAACACCUCUCGCUCGUUGCGUUCUCAAAACCCAGCGGGGUGUAGUGAAGGUUCCUUGGGAGGAGGUGGCUAACCCUGAAUUUGAGGAGACGGCUUGGAGCAUGGCCUCUGCUGGUCCUUCAAACCAAACGGAUUUGAGUUUGCGGUGCCCGCAGGGUCCGUCCGCUAGCACUUUUACUUACUCCGUCGAGACUAGGAUUCGGCCCGCGAAGGAUGGAAUAGCCGUCUCCUUACGACUGGUGGACAGCAGCAGAGACGGUGAAAUGGAUCCAGCUCAGUCCGGGUUGAGACCGGUGGGUUGGGUGUCUCCAAACACGUGGGACAGCAGAAGUAGCAGCCGUUUUGUUGGCAAUCGUGAUGAUCUUUCCAUAGAAACCCAAGGGACAUGGUCUCAACCUCUCACUCCUCUGCUAAGAUCAAACCGAGCAGGUUCUGGGGGUGACCGGAUGGCGUGCGUACGGACCGUGAGAUUCGCGGAAGACCCCUGUACACCCUGCAUGCAGAGGAAACACGGAAAAGGAACCAAAGUCCAAGAAUGUCGGUAUAGAAAGUCCUACACGGAGGCACAAGAGAAACCCAUCAACUCCCAGAGAGGACCAGAACUUUCAUAUGAACCUCUGACCGACCAGAGAAACCUUCAGAAACCUGCCUGGGAAGCUCCAGCACCAUGCCGCACGUCAGAAAUGUGCCAGCAGAGCAACACCAGUCAUUUCUCCAGCAGAGAAUGGACUAAUGAUCUUCCUCAAGCUAAGGGUGAAGAAACGGUCAGUUUUCCUCCACCUGUGUUCGGGACGUCUGAGAAAUGUCACAUCGUUAUUCAAGGACAAACAAAUGAUGUGGACAGAAACAGCUACUUGGAAAGGAUUCCACAGCUUCAUGUGGUGCCGGGGAGGAAAGCCAUGACGUUUGGACUCGUGUCUCCAAAAGUGAACAGGAGACGACUGCUGAAGCAAGAUGAUCAUAAGGACUCAGAAAAGUCCCCCUAUCUUGGAUCACAGAUCUCCAACAUCUCGGCGCAGAAUAACAUGCACAAGAACCUGGAGAGUUCAGGACCAGCAUCCACAGACACACCAUCUCCACUUAAAGCUGACGCUCUCCUUUACUUAGGAAUGGCCUGUCUUACAGGCGGCCAUGACCGAUCAGGCAGAGCCGUUUUGGAGAUAAAAGGAGAUCAUCAGGUCUGGAGUUCUGCACUGAUCUCAAGUCAGGAGUUCUGUAGACUAUUACUGUACCUCCACAUCAUCAGCAGGAAAGAGAUGAAAGAUGAUGGCAUGACGAUAGUGUUUGAUGCACGGACGACACCGCUUCACCCCGAGUUGAUCAAAACUCUGCUGAUGGUCCAGGAGAUCAAUCCUCACGCUGUGCAUUGGGUUCUACUUCUGGUUAAUAAAGACAGCGGCCACAUCCACGAGAAAAGACCUCCUGUGACGAUGGAAACUGUGAGCUCACUCAAAGCUCUUUAUAGACUUGUGGAUGUCCAUCAACUGUCUGCGGCCCUACAGGGAUCUUUACCUUACAACCACACUCACUGGAUAGAAAUCCAUCAGAAACUGUAUCCGUUCGUAUCAGACCUGCAGGACGCGUCGGCUCUGCUAACAGAAGCCAUCAAGAAACUAGAAGGCGUUCAUAAAAUUGACACAGUGCAGGAUGUGCAGCAGUGCAUUCUGGAACAGAGAGCGCUGAUGAAGAAUGUGCUUGAGGACACCCGAUUGGUUGCCCUGCAAAGGGGAGGCGGGGCCGUGCUGGCAAGGCUGAGAUGGGAAACUGAUAUUAGGUCAUCAAACAGCGAGUACAGCUGUGAGGUGAUAGACACAGUCACUCAUCUGUAUAAUGCGAUGGAGGAACAGGUGCAUGUGCUCGCCAGGAAAUCCAACAUGUGUCUGCAACACCUGGACUUCCUGUUACAGCUCCGAGAAAUGGAGAGCAGAUUCACCACGAUUAAGGAAUGGUUCGACACAGAAGGAGAGAAGCGUCUUCAGCAGGCCGAGACUGUGGAUGACUCCAGCGAUAAAAUCCAGCAAACACUGCAGAGCUUCAAAGCUUUUCUCACUGAAGCAAAUGAGCGUAAGCAUCAGGCUAUGAUGUUAGUGUCAGACGCAGAGAACGUGAAGGGGCCAAACUAUCCUGAGACGGAGGUGUUUCACAGAAUGGUGUCCACCUUUAAAUCCAGCCUGAACGACUUUCUGACUCGAGCCGAACUGUGUUGUGAAGAGCUCGGCACUAUGGUUUACGUCUGUCACUUCUGCGAGAGGGCUUCCGCGGUGGCCAGUGACUGUCGGCGGUUUUUGGAGCAAGAACAAUUUUGUUGCUCUUCGGAUCAAGCGAGCUGGACUCAUCUUCAGACGUACCUGCAGAGGUUAGAUGAGUUCUCUGCCGAGCACUUUCAGGAUGUGAGAGAGCAGGCGUGCUGUCUGUCCACUCGCAGGGCUCUGCAGGUGUGGGACGUCGCCUGGAUUCACUAUCAGGAGGUCAGACAACAGCUGGAGGACAAACUGAUGCUUCUAGAAGCACAGCACCUUUCUACCCUCACAGUCACGCCUGAUGGACAUCAAUCCGAUUGGCUGGAGAUGGUGCCAGGUGAGAGGGCGGAGCCUGGAUUACCUGCAGAUGCACCGGUGGCACAAGAUCGUGACCCGCCGGUGUUUGAGAGGUCAGAGAGCCGGGCGAGUCGAGCGAGAGACAGCAUUCACGGCACCGUCAGCUGCUUCAACUUCAGGUCAGAACACAAAAGCAGGAAAGUGUCCAAAACCGGUCACAGUGCGAAGGAGAAUCCUGCAGAUUGUGUUCAGAGAGGCAAACAUCAGAAACCCAUCGCAGGGUCGGGGACGGUGGGCUGCCAGUGGUUUCCAUGGCAACAUGCAGGAAACAAAAAGAGCAGCAAAGGUUCUGGCGGUGCUGAGCGCCGAAGCACAGAUGCGACUUUUUCACAGAAUCAGCAGCAGCUCACGCAGCAGUACCAGGACUCACACAACGAGACGCCCUGUGAGGAGACAGAAAGAGUUCAAGAUGUGUGUCCGUUUGGAGAAAACACAUCGUCCACUUCAGAGAGCCCCAGCCGAACCAUGAAGUCGCACCGCAUCCUAGAGGAGCUUCUGCUGACGGAGGUGGAGUACGUGCGAUCUCUGGGCUAUAUUCUGACUCAUUACUUCCCCCUGCUGGCCCGACCUGACGUCCCUCAGGACCUGCGCGGACAGCGUGGACGGAUCUUUGGUAACCUAGAGAAACUCUACGAAUUCCACAGUCAGAACUUCCAGCAGGACCUUGAGGCGUGUCGAGCUGAACCUCUGAGAGUCGGCCGCUGUUUCCUCAACCACAGAGAGAGUUUUGGACUCUAUGCUCUUUACAGCAAGAACAAACCUCAGUCUGACACUCUUAUCCAGCAUCACAAAUACUUCAAGCGGAAACAGAUGGAGUUGGGUGACAGUAUGGAUCUGUCCUCCUAUCUGCUGAAGCCGGUUCAGAGGAUCAGUAAAUACAGUCUCCUGCUUCAGGAGAUCUUGGAGGACUGCGUGUCCGAUCACAGCGAGGAGAGACAGGAGAUCCAAGCAGCUGUAGACGUGGUCCGGUUUCAGCUGCAACACGGAAAUGAUCUGCUCACCAUGGACGCCAUCAGAGACUGUGAUCUUAAUCUGAAUGAACAGGGCCAGCUGAUUCGUCAAGAUGAAUUCUGGGUGAUUUUCCGCAAGAAACGCUCUCUCCGGCGUGUCUUCCUCUUUCAAGACGUCAUUCUCUUCACUAAGACCAAAAAAAAUGAACGUGGGGAUGAUGUGUAUGUUUACAAACUCUCUAUCAAGACCUGUGAGAUCGGCAUGACGCAGUCAUGUGGACAGAGAGGAUUGUGUUUUGAGAUCUGGUUCAGGAGGAGACGAUCACAGGACACGUACAUCCUACAAGCGACUACACGAGAACUCAAAGAGGCCUGGACGAGAGACCUAGAACAAAUACUGUGGGAACAAGCGCUGAAGAGCCGAGAGUUGAGAAGACAGGAGCGAGUGUUUAUGGGAAUGGGCUGGAAACCGAGUGUAGACAUUCAGUCCAAUAAUGCAGCCAAUAACAAUCACGCCAUGAACGGUGACAUCACAGGAAGAGAAACUGUAGGAGUACUGAAAACGCCCAAUCCUCUGGUGUCCUGCCUUCAAAGGGGUGUGGCAUUCCCACGACCAGAUUCUAUUGGCUCGGGCAGCAGCACGUCAACCGCAGGCAGCUACACGUCAUCAUCGUCUGGACGGGGCUCCAUGUCACCCAGCGCCUUCCAUGGAAAAUAUGAUGUGUUGGAUUGUCAUGCAGAAAACAGAGCUCUGUUUAGUUGUCCAGAGGCAAAUCGUCUCACAGUUAGGAGAGCGUCUGUAUCUUCAUUGGUUCACUCCAGAACUUCAGGUCCGGCGUCUCCCGCUCAUGUUCUGAAAUACAGCUCACCUGCUCUGUCCAGAAGAAAGAUGUCAGCAGGAUUCAUUCCACUGACAGAUGCUCCCAACCCCCUCAAGCUUCAGUUUCAAGAGCCAAUUCGAUCUAAGCUAUCUACCAACGUUUAGCUUUGAUAUUGGUCUGCAAAUAUCUCAGCGAUGAAGUAUCUGAUCUCAGGUACGCCAACAGGAACUUUUUACAUUUGGACACAUCUGUUUCCACACAGCACUGGCCAGACAAGAUAUCAGCUUGUAUUGUGAAGAAAUGCAGCAAUGUUGCAAUGGACAAAAUAAUAUAAAACUGUCAGACGGACUUAAGCAACAUUUAAAGCAUCUUUAUUAUUAAUCGUGUUUAGCAGAUGAUUUAUCCAAAAUCACUCAACUAACUCACAAGACAGCUAACUAAAUACAGAUGGUCCACAUGGAGGUCAAGGACACGAUGUGACUGAGGAUCUCUUGAGGUCUGAGAUUCUACUGGUACAGUAAUUGUCACAUACCCAUCCCAUAAUUUGACGACCAAGGGCCAUCUCAUGGACUUUGAGCCAGAAUUUCAAAAUGUGUCUCCACCUGAGAAGACAAAUAUGGAACUAUGUGAACAUUUUCUGUUCAUGAGUUGUUAAAAAUCAAAUCCUGCUGCUUUGACACUCUUUAAGAAAAAAAUGUGCUAAAAGAAGUUCUUCACAGUGAUGCAAUAGAAGAACCAGUUUUGGUUCCCAAAAAUCCAUUCAGUACGAGGAUGAGAUCCCUUCUUUCUCUUUGUUUCCUUCUUUCUUUCUUUUCGCAAGGUGGAAGAGAUUAAGGUUUUAUGAAAAUAAAAUAUGUAUACAUUGCUCUAACAGAAUUGCUUGUAACGUUUGUAUGAAUGUAAUGUCAUUUUGUGGGGCUUUUUACAGCAUGCAUAUAUACAGUAAAUUAUCGUUAAAUAAAGUAUAAUAUAAUCUUA